UGAAAUGCGUGAUUUAAAUCAUCGCAAUGCGUUGCUGGUGCAAAAGUUGGGUGACGCUGAGCGAAGAUGCGAGGAUGGAAAUCAGUCAAAAAGAAUGCUCACUCAGCAGAUUGCCGCUUUCCAACGGGCUGAAGGAGAAUGGAGUAAGCUAGAGCGGGAGAUGAGGGACGAACUGGUUGUGCUUCGUAGAGAAAGAUUGGUGCUGACAAAUGAAGUGGAGGAGCUGAAACGGAAGCUUGUCAGAGUAGAGGUCGAAAAGAAAGAGUUGGACGGUUUCCGUGCACGUUUAGAUCGAGAAGUGGCGUCUCUGAAGAAACAUGUUGAGGCUCUGGAGGAAGAAAAAACACGCACCGAAAUAGCUGUUCGUAACACGCUCAGCGAAAGAAAAGCCAUCGACAAAUCGCUCGCAGCCAUGGAAAAGGAAAAUACAGAACUGUACAGAAAUUGUGCCCAACUCCAAUCCCAGAUUGCC